AUGGCCCCCGGUCUCAUCGAAACUGCCAGCGACUUUUCGCAUCUCCCCAAGACUGAGUACCGCACCAAGCUCGAGGUGAAGCCCAAGUCAGCACUCUUCCCUGAUGGCUACAAGACUACAGGCCAGCAGCCUCCCCUCUACGAGGAAAUACACCCAUACUCAGAUUUUCCCAAGGAGAUCACUGGUAUAACAGCCUGGACUAAGGAUGAUCUAUCCGGGUCUCCUGAGAAGGAAGCCAUCUGGAAGCAUCCUUUCACUCCGGAAGAGCUCGAAGACCUGAGCACGGCUGCCGAGAACUACAUCAAUAGUGGCCGAGACUUGAACGAGAUGUGCAAGGAGCUGUUUCCUCUUCCUCGUAUGGCCAAGUACCUUGAAGAGGUUCGAGAUGAUAUGAUCAAUGGCUACGGAUUCAUCUUGUUCCAAGGCAUGCCCGUCAAGGAAUGGGGAAUGCGCAAGUCUUCCACGGCAUACAUGGGCUUAGGCGCUCACUUUGGGCAUAUCGUGAGUCAGAACGGUAGAGGCCAUGUGCUAGGGCAUAUCAAGGAUCUUGGUGAGAACCCGGCGGACUUCCACAAGGUCCGCCUGUAUCGAACCACGGCAAGACAAACUUUCCAUGCGGACCCGGCAGAUAUUGUCGGACUACUAUGCCUCAAUACUCCGCUCAAGGGAGGCGAGAACAACAUUGUUUCGGGCCACCGGGUCUGGAAUGUUAUGCAGGAGGAACGUCCUGAUAUCGCGGAACUUCUCACUCAGCCCAUUUGGUACUUUGACCGAAAGGGAGAAGUCAGUGAUGGACAGGAGGAUUAUAUCCGAUGUGCCAUCUACUACAUCGAGAAGGGAAAUGGCAGAGUGUACUCCAAAUUUGAUCCAAACUACGUUAGGUCUCUGAAGAGAUUCUCUGACAAAGGCAUCAUCCCCCCUCUCUCUGAUGCACAAGCAGAGGCGAUUGAGUUCUUUGACCAAACUUGCUACAGAGAAUCCAUCGGCAAUGUCCUUGAGGUCGGAGAUGUCCACUUCAUGACAAACAACCAUCUCUACCAUUCUCGCCAGGCCUACACGGACCACGAGCCACCCGCUCCCCGUCGCCAUCUCCUGCGACUGUGGGUUUCUACGCCUGAGAGCGAAGGGGGAUGGAAACUCCCGUAUCAUGACUCUGAUUGGAAGAGAAGGGGCGGGGUGCAGGUUGAUGAUCGGCCUCACAAGGUUUUGCUCCACGCGGACUGA